AUGCAGCACAUCAACUCUGGUGCUCCCGCGAACGCCACGGCCACGCUCCACGAUGCCUUCACCCUCCUGGGCAUCCCAGGGCUGGAGUCCCUGCACCGGUGGCUCUCCAUCCCUUUCUGCUCCAUGUACCUAGUGGCUCUGCUGGGCAACGUGGGCCUCCUGCUCGUGAUCAAGACGGAGCCCAGCCUGCAUGAGCCCAUGUACCUCUUCCUGGGCAUGCUCUCCCUCACGGACCUGGUGCUCUCCUCCUCCGCCCUGCCCAAGCUCCUCGCCAUCCUCUGGUUUGGCAGGAAGGACAUCGGCUUCCACGCCUGCCUGGCCCAGAUGUUCUUCAUCCACUCCUUCACCGCCAUGGAGUCUGGCUUCUUCCUGGCCAUGGCCUACGACCGCUACAUGGCCAUUUGUAACCCCUUGCACCACGCGACUGUCCUCACCAACGCCCUCCUGGCCAAGGUGGGGCUGGCCGUGGUGGCUCGGGGGCUGGUGCUGUUCCUCCCACACCCAUUCCUGGUGGGGCGGCUGCCCUUCUGCAAGUCCAAGGUCAUCGUCCACAGCUACUGCGAGUUCAUGGCUCUGCUGAAACUGGCCUGUGCGGAUACGGCGGCCAGCGGGGGCUACAGCCUCACCUUGGCUUUCCUGAUUGGAGGCUUCGAUGUCUGCUUCAUCAGCCUCUCCUACGGCCUGAUCCUGCGCACCGUCUGCCACUUGCCCUCCAGAGAAGCUAGCUUCAAGGCCCUGGGCACCUGCAGCUCACACAUCUGUGUCAUACUCGUCUUCUACACUACCGCCUUCUUCUCCUUCCUCACCCUCCGCUUUGGCCACAACGUCCCCCAUUCUGUCCACAUCCUCAUUGCCAACGUCUACCUCGUGGUUCCACCUAUGCUGAACCCCGUCAUCUACGGCGUACGGACCAAGAGGAUCCGGGACAGGGUGCUCAGGCUCUUUUCUUCCUGA